GAACUGCGCUGCACAUUGCGCAUGCUGCUUUGAUGAUUUCCAACUGUGGUUCGCCAACACCGUAGUCCUCUUACUGUAAGUGUAAAUAACUCCAGGGCGACUGAUGUGUGAAGCCGUAUACGGAAUUUUUGAAAAUAUAAUACCUCGAAGCAGCUCCUGAAACCGAAAGCAGGACAUACUGCCAGGUUACGUAUUGAAACCAAAAUUUCACCAUCGACACCGCUAUCCAAGACCGCACAAGAAGUGCAUUCGCAAUCGCAUUCCUGGGCCGACCGAUACGAGUCUCCGUGUACCACCCCACUCUGGAUGCCCCUCUGGGACAUUUCUCCCAUCAGCACUUUCUGCUGUGGGCUCUCGGAGGAGAGCAGCGCGACGACGAUCCCAAGAAUAGAUGCCGGUUGGUUCGACGAAGUCCGCAGGGGAGCAGCCUGCUCCGCUCGGCAACGGUGGAGCCCCAGCCACGGGUGGCGAGGCCGGCGGUGCGGCGUCUUCGUCCCAGCAGCCGACCAUGACACGGCAAAAGUCGAAUCGCUUUAAUCCGAGCGCAUGGGCCGAACAGCGGAAAGAGCGCAUUCAGAAAGGGGAAGAGAUCCGGCAACAGAAUCGGACGCGAUUGAUUGCAACGGGCCAGAUUGGCUACCAAACCACCUCGGGCGGCGGAACCACCGGCACCAGCAGUAGCUCAUCCUCGUCCUCUAUCAAAUGCAAAAAUGUCUGGGUCUGGAAGAAUGCGCGAUUUGUCAUGCUGCUUUUCCAUGACCCAUGAGGUCUGGAAUGCAGGACCUAGCAUGACAGAUUCUGCGAGACCUUUCUCAUGCCUAUCCUGCAUGAGAAACUCCAUCCCGAAUUGGUCAAAACUGGACGACUUUUGGCAAUCGUGCAACACAGAUUUUUGCAUGCUGCAGAUUUAGCAUGACAAGUUGCAAUCUUCCAGACCCAGACACUUUUACAUUUGAUAUCCUCGAGUAUUGGGCCGGGAGCUGUUUCUUCCUCAGCCUCCGCUGGCGUUAUCAAAUGUAAAAAUGUCUGGGUCUGGAAGAAUGCAACUUGUGAUGCUGCAUUCGGAUUCCAAAAAAAUCUGUAUUGCUUGAGCAGCAAAGGGUUUUUUUUUUUUGCUACGCGGUGAGGGCAUUUGUUAUGCGGAAUAGGCAUCAAGAUGCCCUUAAAACAUCUGUGAUGCUGGGGCAUGCAUCACAGACAUCACGGCUCAUGCAAAACGUGCAUCACAAGUCUCAGAAUCUUCCAGACCCAGACAUUUUUGCAUUUGAUAGGCGUGGAGCACGCGCAAUCUUACCACGGCUCUGGGGCCGCGAAUCCAUACCUUCCCGGGAACUACACCGCCUCAAGCAGCUCCUCCAGUAGCUACGCGGCAAACGCAAACCACGCACAGGAACACUACCAUUACACAAAUCAUGCCUCCUCGUCAUCGACGUCGAAUAUUGUGGGGAGCCCCACGCCAAGCAAUGGGGGCGAGCCGGUCUUCGAUCGGAAAUAUUUGAACAGGUACGACGUAUAGGUAUACAACAAGAGGAUGAAAAUGAAGAUUGGUGUUGAAUAAAUUUUGUUCUGCUGGCAGCGCAAGCGCUACCGCAAAAUAUACUUAAGUCAGUUGACUUCUUGUGCUUUGUGUUCGUUAUCCUAGCAAACUGAUCCUUUUGAGUCACAGUCUCAUUUAUUGGGCAUUCUUGUCAUUCUUUUCUAAUUCCAGGUAUGAGCAUCAGAACUACCGGUAUGCGCGUUCGGCGGAAGCGGACUACGACCUUGAAGGCGCAGGCGCGGAACUUACGGGGAAUUCAGGAAUCAGCACCUCCCCUCAACCAGCGCCUGCCGCCGCCCACUUACCGCCACCUCGCAAGUUUAAUCGGGCCGGGGGACUGGAUCACGUCGAAGACGCACCGGUGCAACGCUCGGUGGCUAGUACCACGUAUAUGUGGAAGUUGUUUUUUUUUCUCACAAGAUUAUAUAUAUUUUGUGUUUACAUCUUAUCAUAUUCAUAGUAUCUGUCUUCUGCGCCGGAUGGAGUCUGUCGGACCUGAAACUACUGACACCAGGUCCUACACUCUGGACUCUCCCCCUGGCGUCGGUCAUUCAGGCUCGCACGUACAGCUUGAAGAUGUCGUCGCCCGGCCCACCAGCAGCUCGUCAAGACGACUUGAGCAGCGGAGCCGGCCCUCGCCGCCAAAAAACUUUCCCGCUUACACAAUCGACGAGGAGCCACUACCUUCGACGAGCGCGCAGUUAGGAACCACCACCACUGCAGUAGAUCCAGCGACUUCGCUUCAGGUAAAGCUGAAGUACAUAUGGUUGCACAUGGAUUUGCGCGAUGUGCUUUCGCUAUGCGUCUGUAGAAGGUUGCACUUGCAACUUUUGUAAUCAUGAAAUUUUCUGACAUUUUUUUUGAUUUUCAGCGCGAGCGAGACCAAGACGCCGAGACAGAACAGGCGUGGCUUGGAAUGUUGCGAGGCGGCAACAACACGCACCAGUCCGAGGACCCAUUGGUGUUCGGAGCGCCAAACCCGAAUCCCAAGCCUGCGGUUCCUGCAGCUACAGCUACGAGCGGAAACAAAAGACGGAGCGAGCAAACAGGGGGAAGCUCGUCUUCCACGGGGACUGUGCGGAGGUUCGGCGCAAAAAAGCCCGGGGCAGGUGCGAGCGGUGGUGGCGGAACCGGGGCGGCAAGUGGUGGCGCUGCUGCUUCGAACUCGACGACAAAUAACAAUACGCCGGCGGUGGGCGUAAUGCCAGAGCACAUCAAACAAAAGAUAAAAACGCGAGAAUCUUUGCGGAAGAAUCGGGAAGAGUCCAUCAACAGUGAUACAGAACAAGGUAAAGGAUAGAAUCUUUUCAUCCACUUCAUCAUCCUGGAGUGACUGUUGAGGAAUGAUCCAUCUGGUUCUCAGUAGAAGCUCUUUCCUGCUGUCAAUACCUCCUAGCAAGAACAUCAAGCUGCAAGGAAAAAAAAAACAAAACACGACAAGCAGUCGGCGCUACCAGUUCUGGGGGUCUGGAGCAGGAGUCUACGAUGCUUUUCGAAGGCGACCACAACGGCGUUACCCCGUCAAAGGAGACGAAUCCCCUAGACCACAGCUCCGCAACGUCGUCGAGCCAGGGUACGACCAACACCAGCUUCCCCCAGAGACGGAGUACGCGCAACAAUCCGAAGUUAAAAAACUCACUCUCGACCUCCUUCAACGCGGCCCCGCACCAGCUGCAGCGGGCGAAUACAGAUCAAGUGAACAACUCCACCACGACCACGACGUCCCACGCUAGUGGCACGACCACGUCGUCCGCAGCGGGUGGCGCUGCUGCAGCGGCCGCGACGCUAACGACGCACAAGCACCGGAUAAAAGCCUCGCAUUCGCAGUCCGCCAGUCAUUUGUCAACCUCCAUGAUCGACCAGGAUUUCGGCAGCACGGGCACGUUCGACCCACAGAACACGUCUUCGGGGAUAUCCUGAGCAAAAAUGUACCCACCCCAGAGUUGUCAUGCAGAUUUGCAAUGACAGGAACAUUUGUAAUGCGCAUCUCCAGGAGAGGCAUUUUUAGUCGUGUUUUGGAAUUUGUAAUGCUGUAAACAGGAUGAGCAGAUGGAUUUCUGAUGCAGCUGGCCUUGCGAACCUGCACUACACUACGGACUGCAGCUUGUGAUGCGUGACCCCCAAAAGUUCUAGGUUUGUGUUGCAAAAUCCCCAUCUUGACUCUGGUGUGGGGAUGUUUUUACUCAGGAUAGGGGACGAUCAACCUGCAAAAUCCAGGCUCGACGCGCGGAAAGGGACCGCCACCUGGCGGCGCCAACGACGACGACGAGCGCAGCUUCCGCCAAAUGUUCGACAAGAACACGCUGCGCACGGAAAAGGGCGGCAAACUCUUCCAAGCAGUCAUUGACAAGGUGCGGCAGGGUGGACUGCCCGAAAUAGCACCGCCGCCGCAAGACAGUUUGCCGCCGUUCAAGGGGAGCGCGUCCGUGAAGGUACUGCCGAUUUCUGUCGAGAGUGAUUCGUGUGCGGCGAAAGCGAAAUAAGACUCAGUCUCAGAGGGGGGUUUGAAGUUGUGAGACUUCGAGUUGUUGUAAAGAAGGUGACGUCGCAAGUAGUGGCGCUUCUCUGCAGAAAACUUGCUUCUUUCGCAGACCAUAACUUUCCCCCCCCCAACAACUUUGAUAGAUCCAUCGAUGAUGUUGUUUGGCGUUCAGUCUAUAAUGACAAGUAAAACAAAAACUACACGAUCACAGGUUUUUGUUCGGAAACGGCCCAUGUUUGAGAAGGACAUCCGAAGCCAGGACUUCGACACGGUGACCGUGCACCCGGGACAUGUGGACGUCCACAAUUGCCUCUAUCAUGCGGACUUAAAAACCCAGUUUGUGCAGCACAACAGUUUCCACUUGGACAUGUGCUUUGACGAAAACGCAACCAAUGAGUGGGUAUUGACACAAGCAGAAGGAUUUUUUUGUUUUUGUUGUUUCAGAACGUCAACCUAGUAAGAAUACGUGUUGCUGUUGCUGUUCUACCUCACGAGUGUAAGGAACCUGACUUGAUGUUGAUGUUGCUGUGUGUUUGCGUUUGUCAAUGCUACUCCUACUGUUCCGCCUUCUCAAAUUCUCAAAACAGGUCUACCGCGAAGCCGCCUUCCACCUCGUGGAGCACGCGUGCAAGGGCAACAUCAGCACGAUGUUCAUGCUGGGCCAAACCGGUAGCGGAAAAACCUACACCAUGACCGCUAUCGAAUCGCGUGCCGCGAAGCACGUCUUCGAGCAUUCAAGCAAAGCCGCGAUCCAAUUUUUGGAGGUGCGGAACAACAGGGUCUUUGAUCUGCUGCACGAAACCGGGGAAAAGGAGGUCAAACUCCGAGAGGUCGCGAGCGGAAAGUACUAUCGGUUUUCAUUACGAUUACGACCUGAUUUCCUUUUUUAAGAACCUAAGAAAGGUCUGAUUCACGAGAUAAAAAGAGAGCAUCUGCGGCGAUUUAUGGCCUGAUGCGAACAAGCCAACGCAAAUGCACAAAAGUCGCUCGGGGGACCACCUUUAUUUUCGAUCAUAGCUUUCACAAAAGUUGUAUCUCUUCAUUUUUUUCACAGAAGAGGGGUCCGGGCCACGAAAAUGAUAGGUACGUGAUCCAAGAUGCGUACGAACUUGAGUGCUCCGCUGCUACGGAGCUCCGCGCCUGCAUGCAGAUCGGGCACCACCGGAGACGGACGGAAUCCACGGACGCCAACGACACCUCGUCGCGAUCGCACGCCCUGUGCUUGAUCCGCUUGGACAACGGGGGAAAGCUGGUUUUGGUCGAUUGCGCCGGCACCGAAAGGCGGAAGGACUCCAUGUACCAUAUCAACUGCAAAUAUGUCUGGGUCUGGAAGAAUACGCAACUUGUAAUGCAGGUUUUCCAUGACCCAUGAGAUCUGGAAUGCAGGACCUAGCAUGACAGAUUCUGUGAGAUCUCUUCACUUCUAUCAUGCUUAUUCUGCAUGAGAAAUUCCCUCUCAACCGGAUCACAAAUGGACGGCUUUUGGUACUCAUGCAACACAGAUUCUUGCAUGAUUCAGAUGUAGCAUGACAAGUUGCUAUGUUCCAGACCCAGACAUUUUUGCAAUCCAUAUACCAUACGCGCGAACGACAGCAGGAAGGAGCCCAGAUCAACGCGAGCUUGCACGCGCUGAAGGAAUGUACGCUGCUCUGCUUUCGCAUUCUUUCAUUUUUGUUAUGGCUUUUGCUUUUUUGCAUAAUGAACACUACUACUGGAACUAGCUCUCCUACUCACUAAACUUGAUAGGAGAGGUGCAUCGUUGAUGCACCGGGGCCACGAGAUGGAAGACGAAGAACUUCCACGUCACAAAAAGAAAAAAUUAAGGUAUCCGUCACAAAGCGGACACGAACCUUGUCCCCACGCACGUCUACCGCGCUUCCUGCCUCACGAAGCUCCUUGCCGAUGCCUUUCAGGACAACGGGCAGUUGUGCAUCUUUUGUACGGUCAGUCCCUGCGCAACGGACACAGAACACAGCAUUUCUACCCUGCGAACCGGGUUCGCCCUUACUGGACGGCCGGGCAUCUACACCAGGAUACUAAAGCAAACGGAACUAGAAAAAUUCGUCAAUCCUGACCCCGUGAAGCGCGCCAUCCCCCCGCAGAAAUGGGAUGUGAAGCACGUGCAGGCGUGGCUGCAGUCUGUAUUUUUUGCGCUAUGAUGUUGUUGAGUUGACAACAUGUACACGUUAGCUUCGUUUUUUUGCAACAGGGCUAGCAAGCUCGUCUAGCUGCUUUUUCGAUAACACAGUACCACUUCGUUGAACUCUUCAAAAAAUUUUCUGAACGUCUUCAUUCAGAUCUGCGGCCCCGAAGCUUCAAGCCUGCUCCCAGCCGGAACCACGGGUCAUAUGCUGGUGCGAAUGCCUGAGCAGCGGUUUGUGCAGCUGCUUGGCUGUGCGCGGAAGGGACGGAAGCUGUACGACGCUCUGCGCGAGGAGAUUUCCGCAGCUAAGAACAACUGAGGUGCUCGAGAAAGUCUCUGAUUCGAAACGAAAAAAAUUUUUUGAUGUUGAAUCAAUACUAUAAGUACAGAACAAACAACUGGAUGCACCACAAGUUGCAGCAGAAUUGGCAAGCCGACCUCUGGCCGGGAGAGCCUGCGAGUGCCUUCCUGGUUAGAUUCAUUGCCUUCCAUUCCUUUGGUUGUACCUCGGCACGAAUUUAGGCUUAUGGUACAGUUUGCAAUUCUGGUGUUUACUCGCUCUCGCUUGCUAUCGAUUUACUUUUUGAGAACAAAACUAGGAAGAACACGUUAUUUUUUGAGAAUUCCGAAACAAAAGACCAAUCAGUGUUGAAACCUCUUUACUGACCAAUACAAGAAGAUCUAGAUGAAAAGUACUUAGCAGCAACACCUUCAAAUCGAAUUGCCAUUUCGAGAAGGGUUCAAAUGAGUAUAGAGUUUGACUCGCAUCGCAGGCUUUUUAAACUCGAUGGGUUUGAGCACAUGGAAUGACUCGAGACAUCAUAGAUAGUGUGUUCUAGCCUGCGGGGCGCCGGAUUAUUGGCCGGACAGUUCAAAGAAGCGGCCGGAGCCCAAGCCGCUGGACUCUUUGCCCAACAAUCUCCACGUUUAUGGGCCGCAGGCCUCCCCUCCGAAUUGGGGGGAGCGGGAGGCGUUGCACUGCUGGACCACCUCGUUGCUGGAAACGGUUGAGCCGUACGUGAUUCCGGUGGAUCAGGAUUCCUACGCCUUCGCCCCGCAAGCCGCUUUCCAGUGGCUCGGCUGGACCCCGCUGUUCGACAAGCUCAGCGACAGCCCCACAGCGCAGGCGGUUUUCUCCAACAAGAUGCUGGAGUUCCUGUGGGGCCCAUCUUUGGGAGCAGCUUCACUGCAGGGGCCCUAUACCUUCCAGCAGUGUCGGGACCUCGGUUGGACUACCGUUGUUCGGCGUUUUCCAGAGUCCCAGACGUCAAAAAUUCGGUCCAUCGACCCGUUCUGCCCGCAGAACGAGGUCUCCAAGCUGGAAGAAGACCAUUAAGAAGUGUCGAAAGAAGGAGCAGGAGUACUUGGAUCAGGUGGAAAAUUUCAUUUGCAACGACGGCCCUCCGCCGUCGCCCGACUUGUUCAUCGAAGGCUUUUUUCGCGGUCUUUUUUCGCGGGGCAGCUUUUUUCGCGGUCUUUUUGUGUUCCUGUUCUGGGCUUCUUCUUGGGGCCCUUCGUUCUGUUUUUCCAGUUUAGCGAAAACAAGAUGAAGGCAGGCCCUCUGUAUUUGCCCGGCGUGGCCAGUCACCUUCCUGCAGCCCAGCACAACCUGCAACAGCCGAAAGGGAGACGCGUCAAGUUGGGCGCCCUGGAGACAGAGGCGGACCCGGGUCGCCUUCGUCUGCCUGUGACUGAACCAGCGCAGCCUCUCGGCCGGCACGCUGGCAGGCGGCCAGCCCGCGCGGGUGGAGGGGCAGAUGUGUCGCCGGGGCGCGCCAUGCCGGUCGGAAAGCGGAAAGCGGCCGCCCCCCGGCACAGGCAAGGGGGCGGGCUGGCGUUGCUUGCCCAGGCAGAGCGUCAUUUCUCAUCUCGUAGAGAAGCGUCAUUUCUCAUCCUGGUUUUCGGUUUUAUCUCGGGGUCGUUACCCCGAGGGGAGUGAACAUGCGCGUCAUGGGCCGCGCAUUCUUCUCGGGGACAGUUCUUGGUCCAACCCAAAAAUUAGCAGUCUGCAGCGAGAAGUUAUGAAACUCGAUGGGUUUGAGCACAUGGAAUGACUCGAGACAUCAUAGAUGGUUCAGAGAAAAAUGGACUGCUGUCGAUCGCAUACUUACGUUGCAUAUAAUCGCUGUCACAUAGAAUUUGGAAGGGUAAAAGAUCAAAAUGAUUUAGCUAAAAGUGCCCUUCCACACAAAUAUUUGACGAUCUUCGCCGUAGUUGAGCAGAUCCAUCAAAACA